AUUAAAAAUAAGUGUCGUUAUCACCGUCUCGUUGCACGUUCAACUUUCUUCGUGCCCUCAUCAACUUUCCAGUGUUUAACAUUGAACUUACAAUCCGCGUGCAUUGUUUGUGCUCAUUCUUUAUCUCUCGUUCAAGUGCAGUUAGAGACGACAAGACGCAUCGUAAAUCAUCUUUCAUUCGCGAAGUGUACAUGUUUAUGUAUGUACUAAGUAUCAAUAGUUUUUCUUACUGUAUUUAAUAUGACGCAUAUUCGUGGUAUAUGAGUAUUACUCACGAGCCGAUCACAUAUCGAAACGCUAAUUUAUUGAUGAACUAUUAUUAAAAUAAAGAAAGCAAUGUAUUUAUACUUGUUCGUAUUUUGAGACACAUAUAAAGCAACUCGAAUAAGGAUGUCGAAAAUAUAGUAGACACUUUCACUGCCAUUACUAUAGGACACGAACAGAAAAGUAAAAGUGAAUUACUUUCCACAUUGUCUAGACCUCGGUCGAAUUAAAAUCACAAGUCCGAUUCAAUGAGAUAGCAAUUUACAAUGCGAGCAUUUAAAUUCGAAUACUUGAACCUCUGUACCUGAACUUGUGCUGGAUUAUCCAAGUUUUCGAGUCGAACCGCACGAAUCUGAUCGGUAGAAUUUCAAAAUUCCUUUCCAUUCGAUCCGAAGAUGUUCGACACACGCAUUCACGUGCGGCUGGUGCACAGCGAGGGGAAGGAAGGAACGAGCGAAAGGUAGGAGGACUCACCUUUCUCCUAACAUGUUCGAUAGAAACUUGUUCCUUUCAUUCCUUUGCAAUGCAUGCAGCCAGCGCGAUCGUCCGAUGAAGACGUGACUAUUUACAAAAGACAUGUAACGCGUGACGAUAAAUUGGUCCAUUUUAUCGCUCGCGAUCCGAGGUCGGCGAGUUCUCGCCAAGUCAGGCUGCAACGUGACAUUUGCUGUUGAACGCGGACAGUUUAUAGUGCAGUGCACUGUGUGAUAGAUGCGUUUCGAGUGAGAGAGCUCAGUACCGUUAUUUCCCUCGACGAAAAUGAGGAGAACGAUCGCGGAGGAUGCCGAGAACAGAGGAAAACAAACGGAUUUGGCAGAUGUCGUCGAGUCGAAAUUUCGAACGCUGCUCAAAGACGGAGCGAACGCUACCAUGGAUUUCGAGUGGCUGCGACCCGAAUUGCCAUCGUUUUACGACGAGGAAAAAUUUCAUCUUGGCCAGCAGAUGUUUUAUAACAACACUUUCACCAUGAUGAUUGCCAAACUCAGUGGAUUGUUGUCCCUGUUUGCUGUACCAUCGAUGAAGGACGUCUUAGUGUUCACCAGACAAAGUGGCACGCCCUGUGCCGCGUUUCACAGAUACGUGUCGACUAUCUUACACACUUGGGUCUGGUAUGGAAAAGAUACUGGAUUGAAGAACGGAUUUCUGGAGUCGCUGAAAAUCGUGCGGAAAAAGCACUGCGUAGCGUUUCGCAGAAGUUGGGAAGCUGGACUGAGCAGAGUCACGCAACUGGAUAUGGCAUUGGCUCAAUUUGGAUUCAUAGGUUUCACCAUCCUGGGCGGCGACUACCUCGGGGUGAACAACAGUUCCGAGGAACUCGAGGGACUGAUUCAUCUCUGGCGAGUCGUCGGCAGCAUGCUGGGGAUGGAAGACAAAUACAACAUUUGUAGCGGAAGCGUCGAAGUGACGAGAGGUCUGUGCAGACGGAUUCUGGACGAGGUCUUCCUGCCUUUGCUCGCGAAUUCCGAUGAAGAUUUCAACGAGAUGAGUCGCACUGUAAUAGAAUCACUCUGGCCCGUGAAUCCUUUCUUGGAUCCGAACGCGUUCGUCGAAUUCACUUUAAUCUUCGCCUCGUCAAUCGCCACGAACAACAAUCACUCCUUAAAAAUAGAUCCGUCGAGGAUGUCGUGGCACGCUCGAUUAUUAUUGAACGUUCAGCUGAUGACCCACAAAUACUUGCUACGGCCGAAGCGUUGGUGGUCCAAGUUCUUCAGAGCGUAUUUCAAUGGACAAAUGCGAUUAGCAAUUUAUUUAACGGAGAACUUCCCGUACUUAGCGUUCUGGUGUUACGGCGUGAAGAAGUCUUACGUUAACAUAUUCAAGUAUCGCAUCAACUUUUGAGUUAAAAAUAGUCGCGCGUAAUCAAAAGAGAGAGCCGCAGUAUUUCGUCGAAAGGGUAACGGUGUAGGUAGUUUCACGCUCAAUGAUUCGACAAUCAGUGAAGUAUUCCCCAUUGCUUUAAACGAUUAACUGGAUGCUAGGUUUUUAUUUGUAAGAUAUCGAAGCUCAAUUUAGAUAAUAAGAAUUAACGUGCUUAAUCUAAUUCCUUAGUACCUGCGGAGAUAAGAGAUUUUUAAUGUAUUUUAUACUUGUCGAAUUGUAAAUACAAACGUAACACAUGAUAACAGCGAAAGCACUGUGUACGUAUGGUAUGUAUGUAUAUUUGCCCGUCAAUAAACGAAUCGACUCGAAA